UUUGAUAAUGUAUCACCUUUAUUAAUAGGCACUGUUACAAAGAGGAUCAAAUGUUUGCUUGCCCAAAUGUGUCUAAAAAAACAACAAUUUCCAUGGGGUGUACUUAUUUUUUUACAUGACUGUAUACUAUAGCAGUCAUACAACCAGCCUUGUAAAAUGAUAUUUAUUAACUGGGACAAAAUACAUGAAUCACCAGAAAGAUUAAUCUUCAGCUGUAAUCCCUAAAAUAUCACUUUCCCCCUUAUAGUCCCCUUUCUAUCUGCUGUUCAUGAAUACAAAACUUUACUGCAUCUUUCUUCAGAAAAAUGUAGACUUGUUACAUAGUGAACUAAACGAAUCAGUCGCUCUCUCCGAUUAAUAACAUUAAAGUGUAAGUGCUACAGGUAAUGAAACAAUAUUGGGAUUGUGACAAAUUUAUAGGUUAACAAAAUGUUAAUAUACUGACCACACCCCCUACACACAUAUAAAUCAUCAUUUGCCUGGCAGACAGUUUCCUCUCUCUCUCGCCUCAUGCACAACUGAAAUGGUUCACUUUACGACUUUGCCUUUGUUUCUCUGCACCGUUGGUUUUAUCUCAGAGACUCUGUGCUCUUUAACUUUGGAGGCAGAAGCUGGAGAUAACGUCACUAUUUGGUGCCAAUAUGGUCUGACUAAUCCAGAUAAAAUCUUCUGGUUUAAACACACAAGUGGUUCAGUUCCACUUCUUCUUGGGUGUAAAAGGUUUAGAACAUCAGCUCCAUCACCAACGUGUUACUUCUUUAAUGAAAGUGAGAGAAUAGUGAUGUCUGUUCAUGGCAAGAACACGUCUCUCACAAUCACUGCAGUAACCGUCUCUGAUACAGGACUGUAUUACUGCAGCUUCAGUGAUAAAAUGAUCUUUAGCAACUCGACCUCUUUAAAAGUGAAAGGUAAUUUGACCCCUUUCCAAGUUUCAGUCUGUUCUGGUGUGUUCUUCAUUCUGUCCAUGAUACUUGCUCCGUUGAUCAUGAUUCUUCUCGGUGUCCUGAUUUUCAAUAUACUGAAGCACAGAAAAAUGCACAGAGGUGAUAAAACUGAUAGACAAGACGAUGAGGAACAAGAGUCUGAUUCAGUGAAUUAUGCUGCUCUACACUUCUCUAAUAAGAAAACCAAGAGGCCAGGGAGACGCAGUCAAAUGGAGGAUCCCCACGUUAUAUAUUCUGGCAUCAAACAAUGAUUUAGCAAUACCGAGGUAACAUGUAUACAUAAUUAAGCAUGUAAUCUAUUGUUUAUUAAUGGUGAACAAUGUUCAGGUGAUGGAGGAAAUGGAUUUGUUUUAUGCUUUCAUCAUAACAGAAAAUAAAUUUAUGAUUUUUUAAUUAUGAAUUUAUGAAUAAUGACAAUGUGGUAACUGUGUAGAUCUGUGGUAGAAUUGAUCGAUCAAAAUUAUAUUAAGCUAAUGUUUGCAGUGACUUUAUUUUAAUGCCUGUCAAUUUGGUAUUCAAUGUAAUAAAAUUCACCUUCAGUAAGAAGCGUUCUUUUUUGUCUUUGGGAUAUAGAAAACCACUUUAUUAAUGAUAAAGAGGACAAAAAUUGGAGUUUAAUGUUAUGUGUUGCCUAGUUUUGUGAGUCGGACCUCUGGCGUUUACUAGAAAAUCUGGUACAUUUUAUUAAUAUACAUUGCCAAGAAACAGCUACUUUGACAGGAAGACGCCAUUUGACAGUAACUGCAGCCAGUCAAUCACACAGAGAACUCUGGGCUCAGAUUUUACCCUGAGUAUUACUUUUACUUACCUGUUACGUGUUCAAAUAAAACUCUGAAAUAACUUUUAAAGUAGUAAAUCCUUUCUCAGUCUAGCGACUGAAUUUAGACUUUAAACUUCCUCUAAAAAGCUCAUUGAGUCACAGGGGGCAAAAGUUUUGUUCACAUGGUGCAAUACAUGGUAUUGCUGUUCAUUAGUGACAUCCAGAAAAUGUUACACACUAGAAACACACAACCUUCGUUGGAUCUGGAAGCUGAAAUUAGAUUAUUUUCCAGUUUCUUACUUGAAUUUUCCAGUUCAGUAAUCACAUUCUCGUAUUUGUAGAUUGUGCCUUGAUGCACGCUAAUAUCACUUACAAAGGGCUGUAAACAGAGGAAAAACUAUUUCUUUAUUAUGCCAUUAUAUCUAUCUCAAGUAUUUGACUUUUGCAUAUUGGACAAAGUAUAAUACACUAUUAAAAUACUUUUUACUUUUGACACUAUCAAAAUAUGAGGAUUUUUCACUAGGAUUUUUUAAAUUUAGCAUGUGAGACUGCUGGGGGUAGUCAAAUAGCACUUUCUGCUAAUUUGCUUUUGCAUUAUCUCCUCAUUCUCAAAACCUCUCAAAAAUAUACGACUUGAAAAAGGUAUCUUCUAAUUAAUUUUAUUUAAUUGUUGGUUUAGA